UCCGCCAAACUCCGGCGGCCGCGCUCGCUCCCUCGCUCUCUCUCCUCCCCUCCUCGCUCUCUUUCUCUCCCUCUCCCCCUCCUUCCCCUCCACCUCCUAAAGAGAGAGGAGCGUGCGCCGCGGCGACCGAGAGCACCGAGCAGCGACAAGCACAGGACCUGCGGUAAGAGCCAGGGGGAGCGUCCGCCGCUCCGUCGCAGCUCCUCUCUGCCUGCCGAGUGAUAGCCGGGGGACGCGCGCACUUACCCACAUCCCCUCAGCCUCCCUCCGUGUGCAUUCCUGCCCUGUUUCCCGCUGGUUUUCCACAUCUCACUGGGAGGACACCUGGGGAGAGGCGGCCGCACCGAGGAUGCUAAACAACGCGACCGACUGCGAGGAGGGCGAUGGAGGACCCAACAGCCAGGGUGAUGGGAACCCCAAGGAGAGCAGCCCCUUUAUUAACAGCAGCGAUGUGGAGAAAAGUCAGCAGUACGAUGGCAAGAACAUGGCCCUGUUUGAGGAGGAGAUGGACACCAGCCCCAUGGUGUCAUCCUUGCUCAGCAGCCUGGCCAACUACUCCAACCUCCCGCAGGGCAGCAAAGAGCACGAGGAGGCCGAGAACAACGAGGAGGCGCGCAAGAAGCCCGUCAAGGCUCCGAGGAUGGGCACCCUGAUGGGCGUCUACCUGCCUUGCUUGCAAAAUAUCUUUGGCGUCAUCCUCUUUCUUCGGAUGACCUGGCUGGUGGGCAUCGGCGGGGUGCUGGGCACCUUCAUCAUUGUCUUCAUGUGCUGCUCCACCACCAUGUUAACAGCUAUCUCUAUGAGUGCCAUCGCCACCAACGGAGUGGUGCCUGCUGGUGGUUCCUACUACAUGAUUUCACGUUCCCUUGGUCCUGAGUUUGGCGGCGCUGUCGGCAUCUGCUUCUACCUGGGGACCACAUUUGCCGGAGCCAUGUACAUCUUGGGCUGCAUCGAGAUCCUCCUGAUCUACAUUGCCCCCCAUGCAGCCAUCUUCCGGCUGGAAGGCUUGGAGGGGCCAGAGGCGGAGGCAGCCCUGCUCAACAACAUGCGUGUGUAUGGGACCUGCGUGCUCACUUUCAUGGCCAUCGUGGUCUUUGUUGGCGUCAAGUACGUCAACAAGCUGGCUCUCGUCUUCCUCGCCUGUGUGAUCCUCUCCAUCCUGGCCGUCUAUGCCGGCGUUAUCAAGACUGCCUUCGAGCCGCCAGACUUUCCAAUCUGUAUCCUAGGGAAUCGCACCCUGGUGUGGAAGGGCUUUGACGUGUGCGCCAAGAUGAUCGAGCAGGAAAAUGGCACUGUUACCACCAAGCUGUGGAAGCUGUUCUGUGACUCCGAGUUCCUCAACGCCACCUGUGAUGAGUACUUUGCCAACAACAAUGUGUCGGAGGUUCAGGGUAUCCCAGGCAUCACCAGUGGCAUUCUGGCAGAGAACCUGUUUGGGAACUACUACCAAAAGGGCGUGGCGAUCGAGAAGCGUGGCAUUCCCUCUGUGAUGGACCCUGAUGCCCCCCUGUCAAGUCUCAAUCGAUAUGUUCUGGCAGACAUCACCAGCUACUUCACCCUGCUGGUGGGCAUCUACUUCCCAUCAGUCACAGGAAUCAUGGCUGGCUCCAACCGCUCAGGAGACCUGCGGGAUGCACAGAAGUCCAUCCCCAUUGGCACCAUCAUGGCCAUCACCACCACCUCAUUAGUCUAUAUGUCAAGUGUGGUGCUGUUUGGUGCCUGCAUUGAGGGAGUGGUGCUCAGAGACAAGUUUGGAGAAGCCGUCAACGGCAAUCUAGUGAUCGGCACUCUAGCCUGGCCUUCACCAUGGGUGAUUGUGAUUGGCUCUUUCUUCUCCACCUGUGGGGCGGGGCUUCAGAGCUUGACUGGAGCGCCGCGCCUCCUGCAGGCCAUCGCUCGUGACGGCAUCGUGCCUUUCCUCAGGGUGUUUGGCCAUGGCAAGGCGAACGGUGAGCCCACCUGGGCCCUGCUGCUCACCGCCUGUAUCUGUGAGAGUGGGAUCCUCAUUGCCUCCCUGGACUCUGUGGCCCCCAUCCUCUCCAUGUUCUUCUUGAUGUGCUACAUGUUCGUCAACCUGGCCUGUGCUGUGCAAACUCUCCUGCGAACACCCAACUGGAGACCCCGCUUCAAGUUCUACCACUGGGCGCUGUCUUUCCUGGGCAUGAGCUUGUGUCUGUCACUUAUGUUCAUCUGCUCCUGGUACUAUGCCAUCGUCGCCAUGGUGAUCGCUAGCUGCAUCUACAAGUACAUCGAGUUCCGCGGGGCAGAGAAGGAGUGGGGAGAUGGAAUCAGGGGUCUGUCGCUCAGCGCUGCUCGAUUUGCUCUCAUGAGACUAGAGGAGGGGCCUCCUCACACCAAGAACUGGAGGCCACAGCUGCUGGUGCUGGUGAGCGUGGAUGCGGAGCAGAACGUGGAGCAACCCCGAAUGCUCUCCUUGACCUGCCAGCUGAAGGCAGGUAAAGGUCUGACCAUCGUAGGAACUGCACUGGAGGGCACUUUCCUGGACAACCAUCCCCAAGCGCAGCGGGCAGAGCAGUCCCUGAGAAAGAUGAUGGAGACAGAGAAGGUGAAGGGCUUUUGCCAGGUGGUCAUCUCGUCCAAUCUGCGAGAUGCCACGUCCCAUCUUAUCCAGGCUGGAGGCCUAGGUGGCUUGCAGCACAACACUGUGUUGGUCAGCUGGCCACGCAACUGGAAGCAGGCUGAGGACCACCAAACCUGGAGGAACUUCAUUGAGCUGGUGAGAGAGACCACAGCAGCCCACCUGGCUCUCCUGGUACCCAAGAACAUCACGGCAUUCCCGUCCAAUGGGGAGCGCUUCACCGAGGGAAGCAUCGACGUUUGGUGGAUCGUGCACGAUGGUGGGAUGCUCAUGCUGUUGCCGUUCCUCCUGCGUCAGCACAAGGUGUGGAGAAAGUGCAAGAUGCGUAUCUUCACCGUGGCCCAGAUGGACGACAACAGCAUCCAGAUGAAGAAGGACCUCACCACCUUCCUGUAUCACUUGCGUAUCGAUGCCGAGGUGGAAGUGGUGGAGAUGCACGACAGCGAUAUCUCAGCCUACACCUAUGAGAAGACCCUCGUGAUGGAGCAAAGGUCACAGAUCCUGAAGCAGAUCAACCUCACCAAGAACGAGCGCGAACGAGAGAUCCAGAGCAUCACCGACUCAUCCCGCGGGUCCAUCCGCCGUAAAAACCCUGCCGCUGUCACCACACAGCUUAGCGUGUCUGAGGAGCAGCCCGGGUCCAGCGAGCCAGAAAAGCCUGAGGAGGAGGUGCAGCUUAUCCAUGAGAAUGCCACACCAACCCCAACCAGCCCCCAGUCACCCGCUGAGAGUGCAGAGACCCCUGGUGACAAGGUGCACAUGACCUGGACAGACAAGUUUGACGGAGACCAGGCAAAAGCCCCCAGUGCACCCAGUCCUGAAGGCAUCAAGGACAUCUUCAACAUGAAGCCGGAAUGGGAGAAUCUAAACCAGUCUAAUGUGAGACGCAUGCACACUGCACUGAAAUUGAACGGCGUCAUCGCAAAGAAGUCCCAGGAAGCCAAGCUAGUGCUUCUAAACAUGCCGGGCCCACCCAAGAACCGGACUGGCGAUGAGAACUACAUGGAAUUCCUUGAGGUCCUGACAGAGGGUCUCAAUCGGGUCCUCCUUGUGCGUGGCGGAGGACGUGAGGUCAUCACCAUUUACUCCUGAAGGGCCAGCCCACCAUUCCCUACCACCCCCCACCUACUCAUUUCAUUCCUACCUCUCCACAGACUGAUCCAUUUCUCCAGCAUCGCUGUCCGAGAGACGCCCCUCGCAUCCGAGCAAUAUCCCUACUGCCACACGCUCUCUUUAAACCAUGUUUUGGCACCCACUCCGAAACUUACUUGUACCAGCACAUUCCAUUGCACUCUGACGCCCCAGACUUCCUAUUCUCAGACGCCCAGAAGUCACUCACUGCACAGUGCCAACAGCAGCCAAGAGCGCAGAUGCUGAACUAUGUCUUUCACUCCUUGCAUGUGGAAGAGGGAUAUGGCUUUAGCCAGUCCAGUUGCCCAACCACCAGCCAUCACGUCAUCGCUCCACAGGACACGUUCGACUCCAGUCGGCACUCUGCCAACCAGGUUGCUAAACAUCUCAGCGAGCCAGCAGUGCGGUCCUCGUGACUGACUGCCUGCAGAUGCCCCGCCUGGCUUCCCUCAUCACGUUCAAUCCUCAUCCUUGUCUACUGUUCCUCACCUCUUAGUCCCAUUCGUCAAGAAUUGAUUCAAUGGAAGUCUGAGGAUUGUCUUUGUUAUUUUGGUUACCUGGUGGUCAGUUUUGGAAGUGGCAUUCCAGAAGGAUACCUCGGAAGCACUUAAGAGUUGUGGGUUUAGGAUGGCUGAAGGACAGGAGAGAAAUUUAGGGGAGUUCCUGCUCUUGGCUUCCUGGUACUCCCACAAAAUUCCAUCUAGGGAAUGGGAAUGCUGUAUUUAUUGAUUGGCGGUGCAUUACGAAACCGCACGGGCCACCCUGAACCCUCGGUUUCAAAUUCUCUGAUGAAAGGGGGUUGUAGCCAUCGGUACAGAUGGAGACACCAGGACAGCAACUAUCAUGCAUGGCAUCUGCUCCUCAUGAGUGGCAGGGCCUCCAACAGGCAGCUCAACUUCUGGCCAAGGGGGUCCCAGAAAGAUGCAAUUUCUCCUACCCAUGCUUCUGAUGUGAGGAUUAGAUCUUUGAGAGGAGUGUGCUGAUACGGGCUGGUUUAAAAGGUCUCCAGUCCCAGUGUGGCAAACAGUUACAAAAUGACCAUUUCCUGCUUUUCGCUCCUGAAUGUUGUUUUUCGGGCUGCGGUCCAAGACGGGUUGGCUGCAUCUUGCAUUCAAUAAAUGCUACGUUGUAGCGUGACACUCUUCAGAGGCAGCUCUGUGAACCCCUACAUGCCAGCCGAUGCGGUGCCAAGACAGAAUCUCAGACAGGGUUGUUUCGUUUAGCAGUGGGGCGACAAUGUACCCAACCUCCCCCCCAUGAAUGCAAAAAUCAAGAGCGAAAAGAAGCACUGUAUCCAGGCGUAAACAUUUUUCAGAGGUUUGCCCGACUGCAACCCCAAUGAGGAUUGUUGUAAAUAAUGUACAAAGCUCGGACGCGUAGCAGAAUAUGAGUGUGGUAAUUUUUUUCGUGACUAACAAACAGCUUCAAGCAGAAGGGCCGCUCAUUGCCUAUCAAUUGACGCUUCGAGGCAGUUUUCGCUCUUCUCACUGUUGCAAAGGUUACGGUAUCCUCGACACGUCUGAAUGGUCGUACACUGUGCACUGAGUGAUUGAUCCACUGUGCAACUGAUUAUAUUUAACAAAUUAUGUGACACUUUUGCUUCUACCCUUUAGAAAAGAUAAUGGUGUUUAUUCACAAUAUUUUUGCAAUGUUUACAAAGAUCAGCUACACAGAAGCUGUAUAAAGCGCUAUACAAAAUUCUAUAUA